CUGUUAAAAUGAAGCCAAGGCACUUGUUGUUGAUGUUGUUGCACAUGAGGAUCAAAAAGAGAUAAAACAAGGAUACCCAGUUUGUUCCAUGUGUAUAUUUAACACUUGACAUAUUGAAUUUAAAGUUGUUUAUUCUUAUUAUAUUUAUUGUCAUCAUCUUUUUCAUCUUCUUCAUCAUCUUCUUCAUCAUCUUCCUCAUCUUUUGUUCAUUGUGCAACUGGACAAUGGUAAAGAUAAUGACAUGUCUUUGCAAGUUUUAAAAAAUAAACUACAAAUAUCAUCGUCAAGAAUUGUUGAAAUAAUAAUAAUAAUAUUAUUAAGAAAAAAUAAUAAGAAGAAGAAGAAUCAACAGCAGCAACAGAACAAGAAGAAGAAGUAUCAACAGCAGCAGCAACAGGCUGCAGGGCCUUUUCUUAUUGAGUUAGUCAGUCAGUCACUCAGUAACUUAGCCGCUGUUACAAUCUCCGCAACAAUUCUUCAUAAUAAUAAUUUAACAUUAAUCAUUUUAAUUUUAUAAAAAAAUAAAAAACAACAAUCAAUUGUUAAAUGAAAUAUAAUUUAGUUUCAUAAAUUAAGUCAUCAAGUUAAAUGUAAAUUUUUAAAUUGCACGAAAAAACAAAAUUAUACUUAUAUAAUAUAAAAAAAAAAAAAAAAAAAAUACAAUAACCAUAUGAGAAUAAGAAGUUGAGAAAAAGAGUUAACAAGAGAAAAAAAAGAAGUGUGGAUUUUUUUUUAUUUUUAUUUUUUGCCAAGCGUGAAAUUUAAAAUUUCACGAUACUUUACACGGUUCAGUGAGAAGGUAGACACACAAACGAAUAGUGUGUAUUGAGAAAGCACAAAUAUCAACACAACAAGCACCUGUUAAUGAUGAUGCCGUGGGCCUUGUUCAUAUUUAUAUUUUUAUUAUUUUUGCAAAUUGGACAGGUAAUUACUAGGCAUCAUAGAACUGGUGGAAAAUUAAAUUCACACAAGCCAAAUGGUGAUAUAUCACUUUGGAUUGAUCGUCAACAAAUUAAAAUGUUUAGUGGCUUUGAAAUGGAAGUUUAUGCAAUAACUGAAGGUAGAGUAUUGUAUUAUUUACUUGAUCCAGAAUUUGAAAAUAAAUUACCAAUAAUACCUGGUGAAGUUAACAGUGUCAAUUUCACAUGGAAAUCUGGUGUUAAAAAAUAUGAUUAUAAUUUUUAUCGUUUAAAAUCAUUUGAUGAAACAAUACUCAAAACACCAACAAUAACAAUUAAAACAAAUGGACAUGUACCAAGAAGACCAAAAGAGUUCAGUAUAAUGAUGCCUUGUUUAGGCAACACUUCUGGUUUGGUUCAAUUGGAAAUUGGACUUACAAUUGUUUCAAGAAAGGGUAAAAAACCAUUGAAUGGUACACCCCUUCGUAUCAGCCUCAAAAAAGAAUGUACCGUGCGCGGUGAGUCCGUCAGUCGCGCAGAUCACCACAUCUCCACCACUCACACAUACAAAAAAGAUCCAGUUACAUCGUGUGGAAAUGGUUACUUAGGACCACCACUUUGUAAAACAGCACUUUGUUAUCCAAAUUGUAUGAAUGGUGGUAAUUGUACAGCACCAGGUGUUUGUUCAUGUCCACCAGGUUUUCAAGGACCAUAUUGUGAAGGAGGAAUUUGUGCUGAAAAAUGUUUAAAUGGUGGUAAAUGCAUACAAAAAGAUACUUGUGAAUGUUCAAAAGGAUUUUUUGGUCUUAGAUGUGAAUUUUCUAAAUGUGUUAUUCCAUGUGUUAAUAAUGGAAAAUGCAAGGGUAAUAAUAUAUGCAGAUGUCCACCUGGUUUUAAGGGUGAUCAUUGUGAAAUUGGAAGAAGAUCACCACAAAGAUCAACAUGUACAAAACCAUGUAGAAAUGGUACGUGUCAACAAGACAAUACCUGUUUAUGUGAUAAAGGCUGGUUUGGUAAAUUGUGCAAUAGAAAUAAAAUAUGGGCCUGA